GUAGAGUAAAGAAGAGCAUAAUAGAACAUAGUAGCUCAAAAGAAUAGGGUCUUAGUAUUUCUAAAGUCCAUGCUUAACUGCAUAAGAGGACAAUAAUUCAAAGACAGAUAGAGUAAUUAUUUAGGGUAAUUUUAAUUUUAUUUUAUUUUUAUUUUUUUUCAAAAAGAAAAAAUGGCAAACGAAGAGGCCAUCACGUGGAAAACACGUGGCUUGAAACAAGGCCUUGUUUCCGGCAUUCUUUUGAUUCUCUGUAACACCCAAAAAAAUCAAAAUGUCCCUCGAAAACUGCACUUCAUUUUGAAUUUGAAAUGCAUCGAAUCCAUCCAAUUCCACCAAACUUCAAAAAUCAAAAAUUAAAAACCCUACUCCACCUUUAAACCCCUCUUUUCUCUCUCCUCCUACUCUCUCACUCUUUUUCAAAAAAUUCCCAAUUUUAUUAUAUCUCCUCUUUUUAUCAGCCGUUCAAAUAAACCCUAGAAAUUCCCAAUCACCUCACAUUUUCAAUCGUCUUCACCCCACCAUAAACAAGAGCCUUAUUUGAUUCAGACCCACUUUAGUAUGGCCAAAAAGAAAACUACCCAUCAAACUCAAACCCCACAAAAUCCCACAAAAAUGGAGGAAAACAACCACCAAACUACCGCCGCCAUUGAUGACCCUUCUGCAAAUGACAAGGAUAAGCUCAAAAGCUUGCAUUCGUUGAAUGCAAUGCUUCUUAAGGAGACUGUUGAGAAGCGGCAGGAGAUUAAAUCGCUUGACUCGGAGUUGACUCGGUGUAAAUCGGAGGUUGAAGCGUUGAGAGCUGAGUUGACUCGGGUGAAGGAUGAAGGGGCUGAAGUGGAGGUUGUGAAGGAGGUUGUGUCUGUUUUCAUGGAGUCGGAGAUGGUGGGGUUGUUGAGGAGAGAGAAAGAAGGGGUUGAGAAGAGAUUGGAGGAAGUGGAGAGAGAAAUGGGGGUUGUUGUGAAGGAGAGGGAUGAGAUGGAGAAGGCGAAGUUUGAUGGUGAUUAUGAGAUUGGAUUGAUGAAGAAAUUGGAGAAUGAUCUUAGGAAUGAGAUUAGGAGAGAGAAGGAGGGUGUUAAUCAAGCGAUUCGAGAGCGAAAUGAGUUGAAUCAUGAGCUGGGUGUUCGAGCGGAGGAGAUUAAUCGAUUGAGGGAGAAGAUUGGUGUGGCGGAAUCGAAAGAGAGGAGUGUUGUUAAGGAGUUGGAAGGGUUGAAGGUGAAGUAUGAAGUUUCGGCGAAGGUGGUGAAGGAGAAGGAGGAGGAGGUUGAGAGGAUGAGGAGUGAAUUGGGUUUGAUGGAGAAGAAUCGUGAGGGUUUGAAGGGAGAAAUUGAGGGUUUGAGUGGUGAAAAGGAGGCGGUUUCGAGGGCGAAUGAUGAGUUGUGUGACGAGAGGAGGAAGAGUAAUGUGAGAAUCAAUGAAUUGGAGAAGGAAGUUGAUCAAUUGAAUGGUGUUGUUUUGAGUGUUAGGGAGGAUGAGGAGAAAUGGCGGGAGAAGUUUUUUGAAUUGGAGAAGAGUAAUGCUGGGACAGUGGCGGAAUUGGAGGAGGCUAAGAAGGGGUUGAGUGAUUUGCUGGAGGAGAAGAAUGAGAGGAAGAGGGAGAUGGAGAGGUUGAAGGGUGAGAAAUCGAGUGUCGAGGCGAGGUUGGGAGAGUUAGAGAAGGAGCUUGAGAGUGCAAAACAAGUUAGGGAAGAACUUGUUGAAUUGGAGAGUAAGUUCAAGGAGGUGAGUAAUGUAGUUUCUGGGUUGAAGAAUGAGUUGUUAGAGGUUCAAGGAGAGUUGUCAUUGGUGAAAGAAUCGAACACGAAUAAUGUCGAAUUGAACAAGAAAUUAGCCUCUGAAAUUGAUGAUCACAAGAGUGAAUUAACCCGAGUUACCAAGGAAAGGGAUGAGGUUAGGAAGACCUUGGAUGAGGAGAAGAAGAAUGGGAUGACUUUGCAGGUUAAGGUAUCGGAAAUUUCGAAGAAAAUGGAGGAUACUGCGAAGGUGAUUGAGGGUUUAAGGACUGCCAGUGAUUCCCUUGUAGGAGAAAAGAAAGAGAUUGAGAGCAAGUAUAACAAAUUGAAGGAAGAUAAGGAGUUGAUUGAGAAGGAUUUUGCCACACACAAGGGGGUAGUCAAUGAGCUAGAGGAUACUAUGAAGGCGAAAACUGAGAUGUUCGAGUUGGUGGUGUCUAUGGUGCGAAACACUGUCACCCAACUGUCUAUGGAAAACGAGAAGAGAGGUGAUGAUGCAGGGAUCAAGGCGAAUGAAAGAAGCAUCAGUGGUGAAUUGAAACCGAUUUUGUCAGAGUUGGAGGCGAUGAGGUCGGUUUUUAAGAAGAGGGAUGAGAAGGUAGGAGAGGUGCAACAGAAAAUGGAGAGUUUGCAAUACUCUUUGUUAGAGGAAAGGAAGAAGAAAAGCUUCUGGACUUUGGUUUCUUCUGCAACAACAAUUUUGGCUGCUGUUGUUUCAUUUGCUUAUGCUUCAAGGGUUCGUUGAUGAGUGAAUAGUGAAAAUCCUUUUUGCUAAAAAAACUUUAGAAUGACAAAAAUAGUUGACAUUUGAAAACUAAGAUGUUUUCUUCUUCUAUGAAAGAAUGACUGUUUAAUUUUGUUUUACUUACUACUACUAGUAUGUUUUUGAUGAAAAGUAAAUUUUGCAAUGCAAUAAUAAUGAAUAAUUAGAUGAUGAUGA